AUGUCGAAGAGCCUCAAGAAGAAGAACCACUGGACCAACAAAGUCCACGAGGCGGUGGUGACGCGGGGGAAGGACGGCGAGCUGGGGUUCGAGCUGAGGGGGGGCGCGGAGAUCGGCCAGUUCCCCCACUUCGGCGAGGUGAAGCAGGGCAAGGGGCUGAUCCAGAUGGGCAAGCUGGCCCAGGACGAGCUGCUGCUGGAGGUCAACGACAUGCCGGUGGCCGGGCUCACCACCCGGGACGUGGCGGCGGUGAUCAAGCACUGCAAGGACCCGGUCCGCUUCAAGUGUGUCAAGCAAGGGGGAGUGGUUGACAAGGAUUUGCGGCACUACCUCAACCUGCGCUUCUCCAAGGGCUCAGUGGACCACGACCACCAGCAGAUCAUCAGAGACAACCUCUACCUCCGCACCGUUCCCUGUACCACCAGGCAGCCUAAGGAGGGGGAGGUGCCGGGGGUGGACUACAACUUCGUGAGCGUGGAGCGUUUUAUGGAACUGGAGCAAAGUGGAGCCCUGCUAGAGAGUGGAACCUAUGAAGAUAACUUCUACGGCACACCGAAACCUCCAGCCGAGCCGUCCCCUGCAGCCCCUCCUCUGAAUGUGAGUGAGGCCCUGCUGCCCGGAGCCCGGCCCAGCGCCCAGGGCAAGAGGAAGAGGAACCAGUCAGUCAGCAACAUGGAGCAACGCGCCAGCCUGGAGCCGCCCGAGGAGGAGGAAGAGGAGAGCCCGAUAGUCAAUGGCAACGGGGUGGCCAUCACACCAGAGUCCAGUGAACACGAGGACAAGAGCACAGAUGCCUCUGGGGAGGUUGCUGUUGAGGUCUCCAACCAGGCCCCAGCCUCCGCUGAGCCCCCCACCGAAGAAGAAGAAGAAGAGGAAGAAGAAGAAGAAGAGGCUCCAAAAUCUCCUUCCAAAUCCCCCAUCAAAGUCAUAGAUGCAGAUGAGGAAGAGCUCGGUCCUCUGCCUGACAACUGGGAGAUGGCCUACACUGAGAAGGGGGAGGUCUACUUCAUAGAUCACAACACCAAAACAACAUCGUGGCUUGAUCCUCGGCUCGCUAAGAAAGCGAAGCCACCAGAAGAAUGCAGGGAAGACGAGCUGCCCUAUGGCUGGGAGAAGAUAGAUGACCCCAUCUAUGGCAGCUACUAUGUAGAUCACAUCAAUCGAAGGACUCAGUUCGAGAACCCAGUCCUCGAAGCAAAGAGACGCCUGGAGCAGCAGCAACAGAUGCAGAGCCAGGGACUGUCCGCUCUACCUUUGCCCACUAUAUACAGAGAGAAGCCGUUAUUUACAAGAGACCCGACUCAACUGAAGGGCACCUUCCUGUCCACCGGCCUGCAGAAGAGCAACAUGGGAUUUGGCUUCACGAUCAUCGGAGGCGACGAGCCGGACGAGUUCCUGCAGGUGAAGAGUGUGAUACCAGAUGGACCUGCCGCUCAGGAUGGAAAGAUGGACACAGGUGAUGUCAUCGUCUACAUUAAUGACAUCUGUGUGCUCGGCACCACGCACGCCGACGUGGUCAAACUGUUUCAGUCGGUACCGAUUGGUCAGAGUGUGACCCUUGUGCUCUGUCGAGGUUAUCCUCUUCCUUUUGACCCUGAGGAUCCCAAUGCAGCAGCGAGCGCCUCUCUGACACCCAUUGGCCUGGAGCACCGCCCCCUGGUGGUGAACGGCCGCGGCAGCUACGACCCGUACCUGGAGUACCUGUCCUUGAGCUCCCAGCUGCCUCCGCAGGCUCUGGCCCAGGCUGGGCAUCACCCCGGGGACACGCAUCUCGACGGCUCAUCCCUGCCGCCCACCACACCCGGCUCAGCCUCGGCACUCACGCCUCAUGAAGACAACGUGUCCAUGGCCUCCUCAGGAACUGCAGGGGUUGCCGGGGCAACUGCACAAGGGGCAGAGCUGCUGACGGUUACUAUGGUGAAAGGAGCGGAAGGAUUUGGGUUCACUAUUGCUGAUAGUCCCACUGGUCAACGAGUGAAACAGGUGCUGGACCCCGGCUCCCAGGCAGCCUCGGGGCUGAUCGAGGGAGACCUGAUCCUGGAGGUGAACCAGCAGCCGGUGGCCGCAGCUGGACACGGGCGAGUGGUGGAGAUGCUGAAGGAGUGUCCUGUGGGAGCGGAGGCAACGCUCCUCAUACAGAGAGGAACAGGCCACAUCUCUCCAUGGAAGGCGCCCAAACAGUUGACGGACCAGUGGGACCCACAUGGCAGCCCCCAGGCCAGCUUGACCGGUCAACUCUUGCCGCCUGGCACUUCGUUCCCCAACCAGCCGCAGCACCGCACUUCUGUGCCUGAUUCAACCGAAGGCUUCGACCUCAGCAAACCUGACCCCUAUGACCUUUAUGAGAAGUCGAGAGCCAUCUACGAGAGCCGACGUCCAGAGUACGAGGAGGUGGAGGUGCACCUGCUGAGGGAGAAGACUGGGUUCGGCUUCCGUAUCCUGGGGGGAGACGAGGCCGUGCAGGCUGUGAGUCCGGACGCCCGUGACAAGAUUGUUAUUGGCGCCAUAAUAGAGAACACACCCGCUGAGCGUGAUGGGCGGCUUCAACCCGGGGACGAGCUCAUUUCUGUGGAUAAAAACGUGGUUGCUGGGAAACCGCACAAAUACGUGAUCGACUUGAUGCACGCAGCUGCUCGCAACGGUCAAGUCAGCCUGACUGUGAGGAGGAGAGUGCAAAUGCCUGGUGAACUGUGUCCUGUGAACGGCCGCAGCCCCGGCUCAGUGUCGACACAACACAGCUCUCCACGCAGCGACGCCGCCUCGGCCUCGGGCCCCCCAGCCAUCGUUGCCCCGGCUGCCACCUCUCCUCCAGAGGGAUCCGGGCUGCAAACCAGUGAUGUGGUUAUUCACCGCAAGGAGAACGAGGGCUUCGGCUUCGUCAUCAUCAGCUCCCUGAACAGACCGGAGAACGCCGCUGUCAUCACUGUGCCUCAUAAAAUAGGACGAAUCAUCGAGGGCAGCCCUGCAGACCGAUGCGGGAAGCUGAAGGUGGGCGACCGGAUCCUGGCUGUGAACGGACAGUCGAUCAUCAGCAUGCCUCACGCAGACAUCGUCAAGCUCAUCAAAGACGCUGGGCUCACGGUCACGCUGCACAUCAUUCCAGAGGAGGGUUCUCAUUCUGGCCCCGGCUCCGAGAAGCAGAGCCCCAUGACCCAGAAACACAGCCCUCAGACCCAGCCCAGCCCUGUAGCCCUGCCAAGCCAAGGAAGCAUCCAGCCCAGCCAAACGGCUCCUCAGCCGGGCCAGACGGCCACGCAGCCAGGUCAGGCACCUGUCCAGCCCGGCCAGACACUCACUCAGACCAGUCAAGCAGCGACGGGCCCUCCUGCACCCGCAGCCUCCCAGCCGGCACCAGCUGGAUCCCAGCACAGCCCGGUCAGCCAGCCCUCCGGCCUCCCUCCACAGCUCUACCUCCACGACGGCAGGUCAGAAGUAAAAGCCAGACAGGAUGUCAAACCUGACUUCCGCCAUCCUCCGUUCACUGAUUACAGGCAACCUCCGGUGGAUUACCGUCACCCGCCGGUUACCGAUUAUCGACAGCCUCCCACCCUGGACUACCGACACCCGCCGGGUCUGCUGGACUUUAGACCACAUCCUGCCGCAGCACAGUUCCCCCUGGGGCUCCCUGCUGACUUCAGACCACAGGACUACGAUUACUUCACAGUGGAGCUGGAGAAAAGUGCGAAAGGUUUCGGCUUCAGUAUCCGCGGAGGCCGAGAGUACAAGAUGGACCUGUUUGUGUUGCGCCUCGCUGAAGACGGUCCUGCCAUACGGAAUGGAAGGAUGAGGGUGGGGGAUCAGAUCAUAGAGAUUAACGGGGACAGCACUCGAGACAUGACUCAUGCUCGAGCCAUUGAACUCAUCAAGGCGGGAGGCCGGCGGGUCAGGCUGCUGUUAAAGAGAGGCUCGGGACAGGUGCCAGAUUAUGACUGUACCAACCCCUGGGAUUCCCUUUCUACAGCCCACUCUGCCCUGCAGGAAGUGACCCUCGAGCCCCACCCGAUUUCAUUGCUCUCAUCCCAUCCAGCCUCAGCCCCAGACUCCCCCCAUCAACUCCCCCUAGAGGCCACAGUGUGCAUGGCAGAGAAAGCUCCACCGCUGACAGACCACUGCUCCAUUAGAGGGGCUACAGGUGGCAGGUCCACCCAGCAGAGGGGCAUCAUCAGGGGGCAGGGAACCCCUCAGGGGUCUGGAGAGGUGGACGGUGGACUGGUUGACAGACAGCCUCGGGCUUUGCCUCCUAAAGCUGUCCUGGGGAGGUCCGUGGAAAGACGAGAGAGGCCGAAGGAGACGUGCUCCCCCUGCUGUGAGAGAAAGGGCCUGCACACACAGGCCAUGAGCACUGUCUGGCCCUGGGACGCAUAUGUGAGUGUGAAUUCAAACGGGGCCUCUCUGGCAAGUGGAGAUGGACACGUCAACCUCCAGGAGAGGCCGGUGUCUCGAGGUCUGUACCUCAGAGAAGAGGAGAGGGCCGGUGGUCACAGUGGGCUCUGCUGCCCCUCGAAAACUGUGGAGGAUCCUCCUGCGAGGAGUGCAGCUGCCUCCCCCGGACCCUGGAACAUUCCCGGGUCUGAUAAACUGCCUGGCACCCUGAGGUCCUGGACCUCCACUGUAAGCAGGUAG